UUAGUUUGUGUGUGAGCUCCCUUAUGUGUGUUAGUAUGUGUGUGCGCUCGUGUGUGUGCAUGGGCAUGUUUGUGUGUGUGUGUGUGACGUGCCCCAGGCCUUUAGCACUAAUGGUUCAGUCCGGGUUAAGACAGUAAAGUGCAGUGUUGUGUUGUGUUGUGUUGUGUUGUGUUGAGUAGGGGUGUGGUUUACUGUGUGUGACCAAACGUUUCCUCUGAUAAGCCACAACACAUCUCAGGAACUUCCCCACAAACAAGAAGGAAAAUUAUCAGGGUUUGGCUCCAGCAGCACUAUGACCGAUGGAGAUUAUGACUAUCUGAUCAAACUCCUGGCGCUGGGAGACUCUGGAGUGGGAAAGACCACCUUCCUCUACCGCUAUACAGACAACAAAUUCAACCCCAAAUUUAUCACCACUGUGGGCAUCGAUUUCAGAGAAAAGAGAGUGGUUUACACAACAAACAGCCCUAAUGGAACAACAGGAAAGACUUUUAAAGUUCACCUGCAGCUUUGGGACACUGCAGGACAGGAGAGGUUCAGGAGUUUAACCACUGCUUUCUUCAGAGAUGCGAUGGGAUUUCUCUUAAUGUUUGAUCUGACGAGUCAACAGAGUUUCCUGAAUGUUAGAAACUGGAUGAGUCAGCUACAGGCCAACGCAUAUUGUGAGAAUCCAGAUAUUGUUCUUGUUGGUAAUAAAGCCGAUCUGGCCGACCAGAGAGAAGUGCAGGAGAAACAAGCCAAAGAACUGGCAGAUAAAUACGGGAUUCGGUACUUUGAGACGAGCGCAGCCACUGGUGCUGAGGUUGACAAAGCCGUGGUGACGCUGUUGGAUCUGGUGAUGAAGAGGAUGGAGCAAUGCGUGGAAAAACCCGCAGCAGACGCACAGAACGCAGACGGCACCAGCAAACUGGACGCUCCGCCGGCCAAUGAGAAGAAAUGCGCAUGUUAAAGAAGGAGGACGAGUCCUUUAUCUCUCUAUAAUGGAGCGGUAUGAAAGCCAAGCCCGUCCCAGUGAUCUCAAACUGCCUGCGCUGGUGCUGUUCAGGUCUGGAUCGCACGUCUCUCUCCACUCGCUGUAUUAGAGAUCUGUCUGGACAUUUUUCUUUUCUGUCGGAGAGUUUUUAUGAUCCGCUCUACUGCCUUGUGUUUAACAGGUUUCCCUUACUAAAGCCUCUCUAUCAACCCCUUAAAAAUGUGUCAGAGAAACAAGUAAGAUAUAGAUCUUAGGCCAGAAUCACACCGUUGCGUACACGCUUACCUGCAUUGAUGAUGUGAUGAUAUUUAACCCAUCAACUGAACUAACUUUAACCUGUUUGUCUGCUGUGAUAGUAGAAGCAGCCGGUUAGUUUACUUUAACUACACCAAGAAUGAAUUGAGUCGGCUACUUGUGUUGCGGUUUAAAUUGACAGAUAUCAAAGCAUAAGAUGGUGUGGAUCUCAGCUUGUUUGCCUUCAUGUGCUCGUUUAGUUUGACUCCUCACAAACACUAUAAUCUAAUGAACUGAGAUGAUGGACGUCGGCUUGAUUUUAUUUAGCUCUGAAUGAAUUUUAUUGAAGUCAAAUGAAUGUUUUUACACUACGAGAAGAUAACGCUGAUAGACGGCUGAUGUUGUGUGCCAAAACCUGGUGAACGCAGACCUGUGCAUGUCUACAGUCCAGACUGAAGAUCUGUGAAUGAGAGUCGGUGUUUUCAGUGUUUUUCUGUACAGCCUGUGAAUGCUUGCGUGUUAAAUGAGCGUGUAAUGCAUGCAGACUUCACACACAGAGAGAUAUCAAACCUGCAAACAGAGAAGAUUUGAUUUCAGUUGUGUAGAUCUGACUGGGACGUCAUCUGUGGCAGAUAUUUUCUCAUCCUGUUAUCUUAUGUUUAUGGUAUAUAACUGUUAUUGUGAACAGUACAAACCUGCAGACAGAGUUUUUGUUGUUAUAUCUACUGUGCUUUAGCAGAUUCGUGAAGGGUUUUCUGCUUAUGACUUUAAACAUUUGAAAGAAAUUAAAUGAAGAUUUAAAGGGAUAGUUCAACCGAAUAUAAAAAUUCUGUCUUCAUUUCUGUCCCAAAAGGGACUAUGCAUGAAAAUGAGACAAUAUUGGCGUAAUCUGGUGCAUUUUACAUAUUUAUGUAUUAUUAAUGUGCAUUGUCCCUAUAAAUAAAUUACCUACAGUUUAAGGAAUUAUUGACGACGGGUCAUUGAAUUAUAAGAAAAUAAUGCACACCCAAGGGUGCACGACGUGGGUGUGCAUUAUUUUCAAAUAAUUCAAAGGACCAGAGUCAAUUAUUCCUCUUAUACCCCAAACAUUGCUCUGGUGCCUAUUUUCAAGACAUUUGACAAAUUAGGUGUGCGGUUAUAGAAAAAAAACGCAUACCUGUGGAACAUUUCUCAGCCAAUCAGAAUACAGCAUUCAACAGACCCGUGGUAUAAGUUGUUUUAAACCUGUAUGAGUUUCUUUAUUCUGUUAAAGCAUACAGUUGAAAGUACCCCAUAUGGAAAAAUAUGUUUUAAAUAUAUGCUUAAUACAUUUGUAGAAAGUAAUACUUAAUUGAAUAUAUUUUUGAAUUUGAAAAUAUAUUUAGUUUUAACCUUCAUAUAUAAAUAUAUUUCAAAACAUAUUUCAAUACAUUUUUAAUUUUACAAUCUAUAUUUUUUCUUUAUGAAUAUGUUUUAAAUAUAUGCUAAAUAUAAGUUAAUUUUAUAAAGUGUAGCUUUGAAGUUGAAAAUAUAUUUAAUUUGAACCUUUUUAAAACUUUUAUAUUCGUAUACAGAAACAAAGUUUGUGAAUAUAUUUUCUUUGAAAUAUAUGGAGGACUAAAUAUAUCUUUGAAUGCUUUAAAAUGUAUUUAUUUUUAAACUUAGAAAUAUACAAAAAAUGGCCAAAAAUAUACCAGUGAAAAUAUAUAUUUUUAAACAUAUUCCAAAAUAAAUUUUAGCAAAUUUGGUUUUUGGCCAUUUUUUGUAUAUUUUGAAAUAUAUUAUAAAAUAUAUUUUUGCUGUAUGGCAUUGAUUUCCAUAGUAGCAAUAACAAAUACUAUGGAAGUCAAUGGGUACAGUCUACUAUGAAACUCAUACAGGUUUAAAACAACAUGAGGGUUUAUUUCUUUAUUUCUGAAAAAAAUAAUUCAUUAAAUGUACUCAAUUUUUUAAGGUAAGUGGUCGCAAUCAAUUUAUUUAAGCUACAUUUAUACAAAAAAAACCUUUUGUUUAAAUGUACCAUGAAUACAUUGAUUGCAACUGCUUACCUUCAAAAAAUGUGUAAAUUGAAUAAAUAUUUUUUUCAGUGAGGGACAAUGCACAGUAAUAAUGCAUAAAAAUGUAAAAUGCACCAGAUUUAGCCAAUACAUUGAAAAAAAUUAUUCAUUGAAUUUAAUCAAUUUUUUUAAGGUAAGUGGUUGCAAUCAAUUUAGUUAAGCUACAUUUAAACAAAAAAGAUUAGUAACGUAAAAUAAAAUAUAAAGCUUUUGUUUAAAUGUAGCUUAAAAAAUUGAUUAAAUUCAAUGAAUCAUUUUUUUCAGUGUACUGGGUCUCUCAUUAACAAAUUUGUGCAUGAAAUGUGCGUACGGUUGUUUCCACAAACAAAUUAUGUAUUUGUAUCAAAAUACUAAACAAACGUUGCGGAAAUCCCUUAUAUGGAGCUGGUUUGGGCGUGUUUUAUGCAAAUUGCCAACUCUGUGCAUUUUGCCGCUCAUGUAGAAAACUCUAAAUUCACUAACGUAAGAACAAGUAUAAGAACAAAUUCAUGUGCAUACGCACGCGUUGUGAAUUAGGUGGGAAGUUUUGUGUGUAUAAUUAAGAAAGACUUGCGCAAUUAUUAGUGUAUGAGAACCAAUGUAGUAGCUUUUAGGACAGAAAUGAUGACAGAAUUUGUAUUUUUGGGUGAACUAUCCCUUUAAAAGAGUUUUAAUGUUUGUUUAUGAGUAGAAUAAACACUAACACACAUGGAAACAUCAUCAAAAAGCAAAUCUAAAUGAGAUGAGUGAAAAUCUUCUCUACAUUUCAUUUAAAUCUGAUAAAACACCUCCAAGAUGUAUUUUAUAGCUCAUCAUGACUGAUGCUGUUUGAUUUUUGUCCUAAAGUGCCAAACCGAUGUUAUAUGAUCUAUCAGCGCUGUAUAAAAGAUCCUAACCGUAUCUGUGUUCAGACUCACAACAGGGCUAAUAAAUAUCUGAUGGGAUUUGACAAUCUCUGGAUCAAUCGCUCUGUAUGAAGAACUGAACAUUCACAUCUGCAUCUCUGAAGACACGAGCGGCUUUGUGUCUCAUUUGUGUUUUAGUAACUCCUGUGGUUAAAGGAAUGGCUUUAUGACAAAGUGAUUUUGUUUUGACAUCGUCUGAUGGAUCGAUUUCCUUGUGCCUGUAAAAAUCUACUGACCAAUGACACUAAACCAGGUCACAUAAAGGUCCUGAACUAACUAUUUUACUGCAUUAAGAGUAUAUUUGGCAAAAUAAAGAACAACUAAGUGAAUUGUAAUUGUAAAGCAGGUGAAAAUAACUUCUCAGUUUUCUUUGAAUGUUUAUUUGAGUUACUGUAUGUGUGUACUGUGUUAAUAAAUAAAGAGGAAAAAUGAUUUAAAGCUCAA